AUGGAGAUCAGCUACUGGAAUCGAAAAGCGGCACCUUCUACUUCUUCUUCUUCUACCAGUUCUGUGGCGGCGGCGGGGGGCACAAGAUUCCGGUGGGUUUUUCGUCCUCGUCGUCGUCGAGUGAUGCCGACGGUGAGGUUAGGAGAUGGGAAACCGAGCCGUGGGGGCAGAAGAUUGUUGUUGAUCAUCCGAGUUGUACGAAGGGCGAGGGUGAGGUGGGAGAAGUUGAAGAAAUCGUCGGUCCUAAAGAAGUUGAAGGAGUUAUACCGGUCCCUCAUACGUGACGUGCUGGACUCCGGCGCCACCAUCGACGCUUUUCAUCACAGACUUCUACUAGAGACCUCCUUCACCGCCCUUCCCCUCAUGCCCAUCACCUUCAACAGCUUUCCGGUUGCACAUAAUUCUAUCUAA